AUGGCAAAUCUUUUGAGUUAUACUUAUUAUUCAAAAAUCUACAAAGACGGUUUAAACGAUAAAAAGCCAUUAAGUACGAAAUUUCACGUUCUCGAGCAGCAGGCCAAAGACAUAUUGCCUGCAGCUGGCUUUGGUUAUGUUCAUAAUUGUGCAGGUAGCCUGGAAACAGACGAGAAGAAUAAAGCUGCCUUCAAGCGCUGGUCUAUAUUACCCACAAGGUUAGUUGGGCCCGGAUUUCCUGAUCUAUCCGUGAAGCUAUUCGGUGAGAAGUACGAUUAUCCUGUAGCGCUCGCUCCAAUUGGUGUUCAAAAAGUCUUUCACCCAAAAGGUGAAAUAGCUGCGUCCAGCGCCGCUUUUAAAGAAGACGUACCUUAUAUUCUUAGCACUGCAACAGCCACAUCAUUGGAAGAUGUCGCAAAGUCAAAUGAAAAUGGUAAGAGAUGGUAUCAAUUAUAUUGGCCGGCUAAUGAGAAUAAUGAUAUUACUGCUUCUUUAUUAAAUCGGGCGAAGAACAAUGGUUUCAAAGUUCUCGUAGUAACGUUAGACACAUAUGUUUUAGGAUGGCGUCCAGGAGAUAUUGAUAAUGCAUACAAUCCAUUUAUAAAAGCAGAUAAUAUUGGGGUAGCAAUCGGAACAUCUGAUCCAGUUUUCAGAAAAAAAUUUAAAGAAAAAUACGGAGUUGAAGUUGAAGAAGACAUGCAAAAUGCUGCUCCAGAAUGGACAAGCACGAUUUUUCCUCAAAGAAACCAUUCCUGGGAAGAUAUUGAAUUUUUGAAGAAACACUGGGAUGGGCCAAUAGUUUUGAAGGGUAUUCAAACGGUGUCAGAUGCAAAGAAAGCAGUGGAAUAUGGAGUUCAAGGAAUCAUUGUGUCUAGUCAUGGUGGAAGACAACAGGAUGGAGCUGUGGGUAGUCUUACUGUCUUACCUGGGAUUGUUGAUGCAGUUGGUAAAAAGUUAGAAAUUAUAUUUGAUUCAGGAAUUAGAAGCGGUGCAGAUAUUACGAAAGCUCUCGCACUAGGUGCAAAAUUUGUUCUUAUUGGCCGUCCUUACAUUUACGGUCUUGCUGUUGGAGGCGAGGAAGGUGUUAGGCAUGUGAUUAAAUCAUUUUUAUCUGAUCUUGAAUUAACUUUACAUCUCUCUGGAGUUAAAAAAGUUUCCGAUUUGUCAAGAAGUAUACUUUUUGAUGAAUUCAAAAAGGAAUAA